AUGCCUCGUCUAGCACCUCGACGCCCUUGCCUCAUAGUAUCUGCAAAUCGUCACACAUCACCGCCUCGCCUUGCGCCCAAUGCCUGCAUCAUGCACCUAGCGCCCUCUGUCAUUGCAUCUCGCCUGCCAAGGGCACUGACACCUAUGCCUUGUCUAGCACCUCGACGCCCUUGCCUCAUAGCAUCUGCAAAUCGUCACACAUCACCGCCUCACCUUGCGCCCAAUGCCUGCAUCAUGCGCCUAGCGCCCUCUGUCAUUGCAUAUCGCCUGCCAAGGGCACCGGCGUCUUGCUUGCCAAAACGCGCCAAUGUCCAUGCUCCCUCAUCGCUUGUGAACACCCGUGACUCUUCCUGCUAG